AGCACUUGCCAUGGCUGACGAAUUUCUGACCGCUCCGAAGCCGCCUCCAGAUCUCAAAAUUCCCUCGUCAACAAAGACAGUCAAAGUCUCAUGCAUUGACAGCACAUCUCGUUUCCGACUAGGAAAGUCGUCUUUCCUGCAGCCAGACUAUACAGGUCAACCCAAUUUAUGCGGUCCAUCAUUCUCGUUCCUGAUCGAACACCCAUCUUCCAAGCCCAUCUUGUUCGAUCUCGGAAUUCGGAAAGACUGGGAGAAACUGCCUUCUUACGAGAAAUUUGUUCGCUUGAAAUGGUACAUCAACGUUGAAAAAGAUGUUGCAACAAUCCUGAGAGAUCACGACGUUGAUGUUGAUGGCGGAGCAAUUGAGUCCAUUAUCUGGAGCCAUCAUCACUGGGACCACGUUGGCGAUGCUUCCACGUUUCCUGGAAGUACAGAGCUCGUUGUAGGACCUGGAUUCAAGGAUGCUCACCUACCGGGCUAUCCCAAGAAUGAACAGUCAACCCUCCUCGAUAGUGAUUUUGAUGGCCGCAAUGUCAGGGAGCUAAACUUCGAAAGUGAAAGCAAAGGGCUAAAGAUCGGGCGAUUCAAUGCCUACGACUACUUUGGCGAUGGCAGUUUCUAUCUCCUCGAUACGCCUGGCCAUUCCGUUGGCCACAUCUGCGGUCUUGCGAGGACCUCAUCGAACCAAGAUUCCUUCAUCUUCAUGGGAGGCGAUGCUGCACACCACGGCGGAGAAUUCCGGCCGACUGAAUACCUACCUUUGCCGAAGGAAGUGAAGCCUUCUCCUCUCAAGCGACAGCAACCAGUAUGUCCGGGCCAUCUCCUCAUGGACGUGCAUCCACAUAAGCAGGCAAACACGCCCUUUUACUAUGUGACAGAGAGCUUCGCACAUGAUAAGAAGGUGGCUGAUUGGACAAUUGAUGGACUGGGAGAGUUCGAUGCGCAUGAGAAUGUGCUGAUGUUGAUGGCACAUGAUGACGCGGUCGUUGAUCCUGCUGAGAUUGACUUCUAUCCCAAACCACUGAAUAGCUGGUUCGAGAAAGGCACGAAGCAGAAGAUCAAGUGGUUGUUCUUGGGUGAUUUUGAGCACGCUCUCGAGGCGAAGGAAAAGGGACAGGAGCCUUUCAAGUGGGGGAAAUAUCCAUGA